GUAAACCCAGCCUCUCUCCUCUCCGCCGCCUCCGCUCCAGCGCAGCCAUUUCAUUCCAUUUCGGUUUCACGCCGCCACCGCCUGGCCUCCUCGCGCGCUGGCCGAUCCGUCCCAUUCCGCCGCCGCUGCCCCCUGACGCGGCGCGCCCGCGGGCAUGGAGCGCGCCGGCGGCGAGGCGGGCGCCCCCGCUCCGGCGCCGACGGCGGCCGCGGCAGCGGGGGCAGGAGGAGGGCCGGCCAAGGGGAGGUCGUGCAAGGGCUGCCUCUUCUACUCGUCGGUGCUCCGGUCGCGAGCGCGCGGCCCCGUCUGCGUCGGCGUCACCCGCGCCCUUCCCCAAGUUUCUGAGCGUAUGAUUGGGGAAAUUGAACUGGAAGCUAUCCAAGAAGGUCGCAACCUUUCGGAUUUCAAAUAUGCAUGCGUUGGCUAUUCAGUGUACCUAGAUGACAAGGAAACUUCUAUGGGGGUACGAGAGAAGAAAGCACAUGCACAGCUACCUGUUUGUGUUGGAGUCGAGCUAUUAGCAGAUAGAAGAGCCCCAGUGAAGAAAGGCUCACCUCACAAUAAGAAAGAAGUUCCUCAACCACAUCGGUACAAACCAGGGCAUGCAGGAGACGAUUUCAUAACUAAAUUUCAGCGGAAUGCUGGGCUUGUUGCUAAUGGUGUGGCUAAGAACCUGAAUAGAGUUGGGACCUACAUCAAAGACACUGUGGGUGAUGUGAUGUACCCAAACCGCAAGCGUCCCAAGUAGAACAUAGGUCUGCAUAGACAACCAGGCCUAGACAUUAGAGAACCAAGGGGAGUCUGUGGUCGAUUACUCCCCAAGACACCUGGCAUAGAAGUAGCGUAAUGUUGGUUUCAGAAGCUAUAGAAAAUUGCUGCGAGAUUUCAGUGCUAGGAAAAUAGCCACUCGAAUGUUGAUACGGUAUUUCAUUAGCUGUUGGGGCAUGGUAUCUUGUUUUUCCCCAAGCCCAACCGCCUCACCCCACCCAUUGUUGUUUCACAGGGUUCCUCCAGUAGUGUACAGGAUGUCAUGUAAUAAGACACAAAACAGCCCCAAAUUGUGCCUUUUUAGAGUAGCAUCAGAGUAUGCAUCGAGAGUCCGAAUGAUGUAUGUUCUUGGAGCAUUACAGUAUGUGUGGAAACACAGGAUGCGCGAAUUGACAUCUUUUUCUUUCCUAUUUGCCUUUUAAUUUCGAUGAUUGUGUGUUAU